AACAAACGAUAUUCGGACAACUUCAGAAUAUACAAAGCGAUCGUCGAAGGUGGACGUGUCUGCUCCCACUAUACCGCAACUUUUUGGCAUUUUUAAAUUCGUUUGUUUGGACCGAAUCGAAUAUUUGAAAACAACGCGUUUGAUUUUCAACGGUGACAGCAUAAAAUUGAGAAAAAAUACAUAUUCGCGCGAAAACAUAUAAAAACAAAUUGGUAUAUACACAUAAACCUACAUACAGACAUAAUACAUACAUUCAAAAUGGGUUGUACCUCGGACUGCAUGAAAUGCAUUUUGAAUAUCUUCAAUGUUCUCUAUGGCAUUUCUGGAAUUGUUCUAAUCGUUUUCGGAGUCUCCUUAUUGCAAUCGGCCAAUAUUGUACAACUGUACAUUAUUAUUGCAAUGGGUGCCAUUAAUUUGAUUGCUGCCAUUUUGGGCUGCUGUGGUAUUUGCCACGAACACGUCUGCAUGACAGCCACGUAUUCCCUCUUCAUUCUCUCCUCAUUGGUUGGACAAAUCUACAAUAAAAUUAAGCCAGCUUCCACGGAUGAAAUCAAGAAGAUCAUUCGCAGCACCAUAAAAGCAGUAUGGGAUGAGGAACUUAAGACUCCUGGUGCCAUGGACUCUACACAAAAAUCGCUCAAGUGCUGUGGUCUCGAUGGCCCUACCGAUUAUCAAAGAAAUGGUCGUUUUGUUUUGCCAGCCAGUUGUUAUCCCGAUGAUGUCUCCACUGCUGGUCAUGCCUUCUUCAACGUCGGCUGUGUUACGGCCAGUGAAAAUAAAGUAUUUAGUUUGGCCAAGUACCAAACAUCCAGUGAAUGGGGUGUUAUUGCCGUUACCGCCGUGUUGUUUAUCUUUUCGAUUUACUUGGUAUUCCGUUUCAACAGCAGAAACAAACGUUAUCGUUACUAAAAUGGCCAUUAUUUUUCGUGCAUACUUCUAAUGCUCGGCUAUUUGUAUUUUUUUAAUUUUAAUUUUUUUUUUGUUAACUCUGCUCAAUAAAUUUUCUAACUUUUGUAUUGAUUUA